CAUUUCGGGUUUGGCGGAGAAGGGGGGCGCUCUGUAACUCCCGCGAAGGAAUUAGGUCAGCCGAGCGGAGGUGUGUGUGUUUCUUCAUUGAAAACAUUUCUCGUUCGUUCUCGUUUUCCCGACGGCUCUCUUAUCGUGCUCCGAUGCGUGUUACCUGGCUGCUGCGGAUGAACUUUACCAGCGUCGGCCCGGGGUGAAGAGUCGAGUCAGUUGUCGGAUUUUCUAGCUAACAGCUAGCAAGCUAGCUGUGUGUAAACAACAAGAUGAAACGGAUGAAAGGAGGAGACGAGAGAAGCGAUGACUCCUCCUGUGAGAGUCCAGCGGAGGUUUGCAAGAAGGUGCGAAAUCAGUUGAGCGAGGAUUCGGAGCCAGAUGUGGCUGAGUCGCUGGACUGUAACUGGGCACGGCUGCCUCAGGAGCUCCUGCUGCAUAUCUUCCAGUACCUGCCACUGCUGGACCGGGCUUAUGCCUCCCAGGUGUGCCGUGGGUGGAACCAAGCCUUCCACAUGCCUGAGCUGUGGAGAUGCUUUGAGUUUGAGCUCAACCAGCCAGCCAGCUCUUACCUAAAAGCCACACAUCCAGAUCUUAUUAAGCAGAUCAUAAAGAGGCACUCCAAUCACCUGCAGUAUGUCAGCUUCAAGGUUGACAGUAGUAUGGAGUCUGCAGAGGCGGCUUGUGACAUUCUUUCACAGUUGGUGAACUGCUCACUGAAGACCUUGGGCCUCAUCUCUACAGCCAGGCCCAGUUUCAUGGAGGUUCCAAAGUCUCACUUCAUCUCCGCCCUGACCGUGGUGUUUGUCAACUCCAAAUCGUUGUCUUCGCUGAAGAUUGACGACACGCCAGUUGAUGAUCCAUCUCUGAAGGUGCUGGUGGCCAACAAUAGCGACACCCUGAAACUUCUGAAAAUGAGCAGCUGCCCUCACGUCUCUCCUGCAGGAAUCCUGUGUGUGGCAGACCAGUGUCACGGGCUCCGAGAGCUAGCGCUAAACUACCACCUCCUGAGUGAUGAACUCCUGCUGGCGCUCUCCUCUGAGAAGCACGUCCACCUGGAACACUUGCGAAUUGAUGUGGUGAGCGAAAACCCCGGGCAGCACUUCCACACCAUCAAGAAGAGCAGCUGGGACGCUAUGAUGCGGCACUCGCCCAAAUUUAACCUGGUCAUGUACUUCUUCCUCUAUGAGGAUGAGUUCGGCCCCUUCUUUAAUGAGGAAAUCCCGGUCACACACCUUUACUUCGGGCGCUCAGUGAGCAAAGAGGUCCUGGGCCGAGUGGGCCUCCACUGUCCUCGUUUGGUGGAGCUGGUCGUGUGCGCCAACGGCCUGCGUCCUCUGGAUGAGGAGCUGAUCCGUAUCGCCAAACACUGCACCCAGCUGUCAGCCAUCGGCCUGGGUGAGUGCGAAGUGUCCUGCAGCGCGUUUGUGGAGUUCGUCAAAAUGUGCGGCCGCCGACUGUCCCAGCUGUCCAUCAUGGAGGAGGUACUGAUUCCAGAUCAUAAAUACUCCCUGGAUGAGAUUCACUGGGAGGUGUCGAAGCACCUGGGCCGGGUCUGGUUCCCAGACAUGAUGCCGACCUGGUAGAGAGUGAAGCCUGUGCUCAGAGUUCAAUAUGUCGGGUUUGUGGUGCGGAACAAUCAUUGCCUCCAUGUUGCGUUGAAAAGCCUCAGCUGGGAAGCUCGAUGACAGCAUGGCGAGCACGAACUUGCUGAACUCUCGUUAGCAGGGCAGGGAUGUAAUGUGGCACUCGACAACAACACAAUGUUAUCACAUUAUCAUGGAAAUGCCACAGAAUUCCUGCUCGGCUUAAUCCGUAGAUGGAAUUCAGCAAGCUGGCGUCGACCCACAGAAGAGGAAAUUUAACUAAAAGGCAAUGUUUUUAUAACUGCAAAUGGAGUUAUAUGUACAUUAUAGGCUGGGUAUGAUACUCUGUGUUGUGAGAGGGGUGUGUGAGUAUGUGCAUUUAUGUGUGAACGUGCGGGUGGGUGUUUACAUGUUUUCCAACAUUGAGCAGUAAAUUGGGACAAUUAGGUGCACAAUUGCAUGUUGUUACGCUACCACUUGGCCUACAUAAAUCCAGUGUGAGAUAGCAGCUCUGCACUCUGUAAUACAAUAUGGCAUUGACCGCAUAGUUGUAUUUGUCAUGAGUGGCUGAAUUUUGCAGAAGAGUAGCUGGGUCCUACACCUCAUUUUAACCUAAUUUAAAGAACAGUGGUUGUGUUGUUUGUCCUCCUCGCCUGGGGAGCUCCAGUCGUGUCUCACAAAACACGAUUGUUGAACAAAUGGAAGAUGGCAGAGAGAAAAAGAAAUGUGUAUAUAGGUGUCUAAAUUGUGACGUGAAGGUGUACAGUGUUGAUUGAUGUCAUUGAUUUUUAUUUUUAUUUUUUCUCAAAGUUAUAUUUUGAGGAGUGUUUUUUUUUUUUUCUCUCUCUCUCCCUGCAUCAAACACAAAUUGGCCUGACAAAUGAUUUUAUCUAUUUUGGAAAAAGGUUUAUGUACAGUUUUAGAUUUCUUAAGCACCUUAGAUGAAUACCAAAUGAUAGAUGGAAUACACCUGGUCCUUGGGACCAAAUAUGGUGAUUAUUUAUACUGUACUGGGGCUUUGUUGAGUCAAAUCCCCAAGUGCUACAUAUUGACGUUGUAAAGCUCUAAUUACAACAAUCAAAUAAUUCUAUGUAAAUAGUGCACAGAAAUGUCUGAAUUUGGAGGGUAGAGAUCAGCGGUCUCAGUUCUUCACGCUCAGAUUAAUUUGUAAUGAUUCAGUAGACUAGUCUGUAUGGCUGUUGGCUUACAGUGCAUGCUGGAAAUGCAAAUCCAACCCAUUUGUGUUUCUCAGAUGCAUUAAAAUGAAAAUAUUUUUUAUGUAGGUUUCAUUUGUAUCUUCUGCUAUUUGCCUGUUCAAGCCCUUCCAAAUAGUCCACAUUUGUUUCCUCCUCAUGCUAUCUUGUGUACAUGAGAGGAAGCAGUAUUCACCCAUUAUAAACACUGUCUGCAGAUUUUUCUUGUGUUCCAAACAUCCAUUCAUUUCAGUCGAAAGAGGUUUGGCAAGUCAGAUGAGUGAAACAGUUUUGUUUUUUUCCUUUAAGAAGGAAGUCAAAUGCAUCUGUAUAUUAAAACGCUGUGUGUUUGAUUAUUAUGAGUAGAAAUGUAUUUCUUUAUUUCACCCUCUGUCAGGGUUUGAAGUUUCCUUAACCGAUGGCUUGUCUUUUAUAAAACCAGAGUGCAAGUUAUCCUUUACUAGAUGGAUCUUUUUCAUACUAUAUCCACUAGAAAAGUUAAAAACUGUGUAAAUGAUUAAUAGGGAUUAUGCUUUUUUUAAUGAAUUUCAGUUUUUCAGUUAAACAAAAGCAACCAGCAGUGGUAUUUUUCUUUGUUUACCUGGGUUUAGCUUCCACCUAUUGUCGCCGUGGUUUUGUUGGAUACAGGUGGUCCUAAUGUUUUGAGUCCACUACCACAAACUCUCGAUCCUUGGAGGGA